UUGCACGGGCGCCAUUACGGCAAAUGCCAAUCGCAGAAUUGCUGCAACGCCUAUCAUCAAUUGCAGGAGAGGCAGAAGUUCGUGUGCAACUUGUGCGAUUACCAGACGAACAUCCACAGCAAUUUGAAGAUACAUUUCAAGAGCUUAAAGCACCUCGCCAACGAGAUGAAAUUCAACUUUAAUCGGAUUGUAUUUUUUUUAGGCCAAUCGAAGAGGCUGUUCUUCUGUCGCACGUGCAGCAAAUGCUACAAGCACUCGAGCUCGCGCAGCAAGCACGAGCGGUACGAGUGCCAAAAGGAGCCGCAAUUCCAGUGCGUUUUCUGCGAUUACAAGACCAAAUUGCCGUUCGAUUUGCGCAAGCACGAGCGCAACAAGCACAAGGAAGAUCUGAGAAUUCAGGAAGCGAAGAUGCUGGAACCGAAAAUUGAAUAUUAACUAUUCAGAUGCAGCCAGUGCAACAAGCGGUACGGCUCCAAAGGCGUGCUAAUCAGGCAUUUGACCUACGAAUGCGGCAAAGAAGCCACCUUUCACUGCGCCUACCCGGGCUGCAAAUACAGAGCAAAGCGACCGUGGACGCUGAAAAGACACUACAAGCACAAAAACCACUACUUGAACUACGAUUACGAACCUUUGGGGUGCAUCAAGAGGUUAUCGGAUUGGAUUUUCGUGGGGUACGGGCUAGGUGAAGGUGGUUUUGACUGUUGGUUACUUUUUUUAGCAAUGCUUUUGCACCACUGCGUCAACUGCCACAGGAAAUACAGGAGUAAAAUGGGUCUGAGGCAGCACUUGAGGCUGGAGUGCGGUAAAGAGGCGACCCAUUGCUGCACCUAUCCGGGCUGCCAGUACAGAGCCAAGAGGUUCUGGACGCUAAAAAGGCACUACAUGUACAGCCAUUACCUCAAUAAAGAAUAA